AUGGGUAUCUUCAUUCCAGCAAACAAGUUACAUAACUUGAAACUAUAUAAAUAUUCAUCUGAAGAUCAUUCAAUUAUAUCAAAAUAUAUUUUGAAAAAAUGGUGGAAUUGGUUUGUACAAAUAUUCCCAUUAUGGAUGGCACCUAAUGUAAUUACAUUAUUAGGAUUAUUUUUCAUUAUUGGUAAUUUAUUAUGUGUCUUUUAUUAUGAUCCAUAUUUAAAUGAAACUCAACCAACUUGGUGUUAUUUUUUUUAUGCUUUUGGAUUAUUUAUGUAUCAAACAUUUGACGGAUGUGACGGUGCACAUGCUAGAAGAACUAAACAAAGUGGUCCAUUGGGUGAAUUGUUUGAUCAUUCUAUUGAUGCUAUAAAUACUACUUUUGGAUCAAUUGUAUUUGCAAGUGUUUUAAAAAUGGGUUAUGGUGGAUUAUUUUUAUUAAGUCAAUUUGCUUCUGUUUGUAAUUUUUAUUGUUCUACUUGGGAAGAAUAUCAUACUCAUACUUUAUUUUUAAGUAAAUUUAGUGGACCUGUUGAAGGGAUUCUUAUGAUUUGUGUUGUUUAUAUUAUCACUGGUAUUCUUGGUCCUGAUAUUUGGACAAUCAAUUUAUUUGAAUUGAAUUUAACAAGUUUAGGUUAUGAUUAUGUUCAAAUUGACACUUCAAUCAUUUAUGUUGUUAUUGGUUUAGCAUCAUUAUAUUUCAAUAUUGCAUCUGCUAUGUCUAAUGUUGCUAAAUAUUACAAGAAUAAAGAACAUACCAGUAAUAAACUUGCAAAUAAAGAAACUGCUGAAGCAUAUCAUGGAUUAUAUCCAUUUUUCAUUUACUAUGGAUUCAUUGUUUUAUACAUUUGGAUUUAUCCACAAGUACUUUCUGAUUAUGGAUUUCCAUUGAUUAUUUCAAUUGGUUGUACUAUUGCAUUUUCGGUUGGUAGAAUCAUUUUAGCUCAUUUAACAUUACAAGAAUUCCCAUAUAUUCAAUACCCAAUGAUUAUUCCAAUUGUUCAAUUGUUUAUAAGUAAAUUUUUAAUUGGAUUUUAUGGAUAUGGUACUGCAAAAGUCUUACAUGCUGUUAGUUGGUUGGGUUGUGGUGUUACUUUAGGUAUUCACUCUAUUUUUGUUGCUGACAUCAUUUAUGAAAUAACAAACUAUUUGGACAUUUAUGCCUUGUCUAUUAAACACAAGAAAGUACACUAG